CCCGCUGCUGCAGGACUGACCGACAGAGGCUGCCGCGAUGGCCGGGGCCUCGGUGAAGGUGGCGGUGCGUGUCCGCCCUUUCAACUCCCGAGAGAUGAGCCGAGACUCCAAGUGCAUCAUCCAGAUGUCUGGGAGCACCACAACCAUCGUCAACCCCAAGCAACCCAAGGAGACGCCCAAGAGCUUCAGCUUCGACUACUCCUACUGGUCCCACACCUCGCCCGAAGACAUCAACUACGCCUCCCAGAAGCAGGUGUACCGGGACAUUGGCGAGGAGAUGCUGCAGCAUGCCUUUGAGGGCUACAACGUCUGCAUCUUUGCCUACGGGCAGACGGGAGCCGGCAAGUCGUACACCAUGAUGGGCAAGCAGGAGAAGGACCAGCAGGGCAUCAUCCCCCAGCUCUGUGAAGACCUCUUCUCCCGGAUCAAUGACACAACCAACGACAACAUGUCCUACUCUGUGGAGGUCAGUUAUAUGGAGAUCUACUGUGAGCGUGUCAGAGACCUGCUGAACCCCAAGAACAAGGGCAACCUGCGGGUGCGGGAACACCCACUGCUGGGCCCCUACGUGGAGGACCUCUCUAAACUCGCUGUCACCUCCUACAAUGACAUCCAAGACCUCAUGGACUCGGGAAACAAGGCCAGGACCGUGGCAGCCACAAACAUGAAUGAGACGAGCAGCCGCUCCCAUGCUGUCUUCAACAUCAUUUUCACGCAAAAGCGCCACGACGCUGAGACGGACAUCACCACGGAGAAGGUGAGCAAGAUCAGCCUGGUGGACCUGGCGGGCAGCGAGCGGGCCGACUCCACCGGUGCCAAGGGCACACGCCUCAAGGAAGGAGCCAACAUCAACAAGUCCCUGACCACGCUGGGCAAGGUCAUCUCUGCACUUGCUGAAAUGGACUCUGGACCCAACAAGAACAAGAAAAAGAAGAAGACCGAUUUCAUUCCGUACCGGGAUUCCGUGCUGACCUGGCUUCUCCGGGAGAACCUGGGCGGGAACUCAAGGACAGCAAUGGUGGCAGCCUUGAGUCCGGCAGACAUCAACUAUGACGAGACCCUCAGCACGCUCAGGUAUGCUGACCGGGCCAAGCAGAUCCGUUGCAAUGCUGUCAUCAAUGAGGACCCCAACAAUAAGCUGAUCCGUGAGCUGAAGGACGAGGUGACCCGGCUGCGGGACCUGCUGUAUGCCCAAGGUCUCGGUGACAUCACGGACACCACCACUGUGCCUGGAGGACCCACAUUGACCAACGCGCUGGUGGGCAUGAGCCCCUCGUCCUCACUCUCAGCCCUGUCCAGCCGAGCCGCCUCCGUGGCCAGCCUGCAUGAACGCAUCCUAUUCGCCCCAGGCAGUGAGGAGGCCAUUGAACGGCUGAAGGAGACAGAGAAGAUCAUUGCUGAGCUCAAUGAAACUUGGGAGGAGAAGCUGCGACGCACGGAGGCCAUCCGGAUGGAGAGGGAAGCACUGCUGGCCGAGAUGGGUGUGGCCAUGCGGGAGGAUGGUGGGACCCUGGGCGUGUUCUCUCCAAAAAAGACGCCACAUCUGGUCAACCUGAACGAGGACCCCCUGAUGUCCGAGUGUCUCCUGUAUUACAUCAAGGAUGGGACCACCAGAGUGGGCCGAGAGGAUGCAGAGAGGCGACAAGACAUCGUCCUGAGCGGUCACUUUAUCAAGGAGGAGCACUGCAUCUUCCGGAGCGACUCCCGGGGAGGCAGUGAAGCAGUGGUCACCCUGGAGCCCUGUGAGGGUGCAGACACCUACGUCAAUGGCAAGAAAGUCACAGAGCCCAGUAUCCUCCGCUCAGGGAACCGCAUCAUCAUGGGGAAGAGCCACGUGUUCCGCUUCAACCACCCUGAGCAGGCGCGCCAGGAGCGGGAACGCACGCCCUGUGCAGAGACACCCGCCGAGCCCGUGGACUGGGCCUUCGCCCAGCGGGAGCUGCUGGAGAAACAGGGCAUCGACAUGAAGCAGGAGAUGGAGCAGAGGCUCCAGGAACUGGAGGACCAGUACCGCAGGGAGCGUGAGGAAGCCACUUACCUGCUGGAGCAGCAGAGGCUGGACUAUGAGAGCAAACUGGAGGCCUUGAAGAAGCAGAUGGACUCCAGGUACUACCCUGAGGUGAAUGAGGAAGAAGAGGAGCUGGAGGAUGAAGUCCAGUGGACAGAGCGGGAGUGUGAGCUGGCGUUGUGGGCCUUCCGGAAGUGGAAAUGGUACCAGUUCACUUCUCUGCGUGACCAGCUGUGGGGCAACGCCAUUUUCCUCAAGGAGGCCAAUGCCAUCAGCGUGGAGCUCAAGAAGAAGGUCCAGUUCCAGUUUGUCCUUCUCACGGACACACUCUACUCCCCUCUCCCCCCUGACCUGCUGCCCCCUGAGGCUGCCAAAGACCGGGAGACGCGCCCUUUCCCCCGCACCAUUGUGGCUGUGGAGGUGCAGGACCAGAAGAAUGGGGCCACUCACUACUGGACCCUGGAGAAACUCAGGCAGCGCCUGGACCUGAUGCGGGAAAUGUACGACCGGGCGGCCGAGGUGCCUUCCAGUAUCAUUGAGGACUGUGACAACGUGGUCACCGGCGGGGACCCCUUCUACGACCGUUUCCCCUGGUUCCGGCUGGUGGGCAGCUCGGUCAUCUCUGGCUGCAGCAGCCCUCUUCUCACCACGUGCAUGAGCGAGCGCAUGGCCGCCCUCACCCCCUCCCCUACCUUCUCGAGCCCUGACUCCGACGUCACCGUCACCGAGCUGGCUGAGGAGCGGAGCGUAGGGGAGGAGGAGGACGACCUGGAGGAGGACGGCGUCUUUGUGGAGCACGGGCUAUGCCACGGCCGGGACCCGUUUUACGACCGGCCCCCACUGUUCAGUUUAGUAGGAAGGGCCUUCGUGUACCUCAGCAACCUGCUGUACCCUGUGCCGCUGGUGCACCGUGUGGCCAUCGUCAGCGAGAAGGGCGAGGUCAAGGGCUUCCUCCGAGUGGCUGUUCAGGCCAUCUCAGCUGAUGAAGAAGCUCCCGAUUAUGGCUCUGGUGUCCGCCAAUCAGGAACUGCCAAAAUCUCCUUUGACGACCAGCAUUUUGAAAAGUUCCAGUCUGAGUCCUGCCCAGGGGUGGGGAUGUCCCGCUCGGGAACCUCCCAGGAAGAGCUGCGCAUUGUGGAAGGCCAGGGCCAGGGCGUGGACACGGGGCCAUCUGCAGAUGAGGUCAACAACAAUACCUGCUCAGCGUCAGUGACUCCUGAUGGGCUCCUUCUGGACAGUCCAGAAAAAGCCGCACCAGACGGGCCCCUGGACACUGCCCUGGAUCACCUCCGCCUGGGCAGUACCUUCACCUUCCGCGUGACUGUCCUGCAGGCGUCCAGCAUUUCUGCCGAAUAUGCCGACAUCUUCUGCCAGUUCAACUUCAUCCACCGCCACGAUGAAGCCUUCUCCACAGAGCCGCUGAAGAACACUGGCCGGGGCCCUCCACUGGGCUUCUACCACGUCCAGAACAUCGCUGUGGAGGUGACCAAGUCCUUCGUCGAAUACAUCAAGAGCCAGCCCAUCGUGUUUGAGGUCUUUGGGCACUACCAGCAGCACCCAUUCCCCCCUCUCUGCAAGGACGUGCUCAGCCCCCUGAGGCCAUCACGCCGCCACUUCCCACGGGUCAUGCCGCUGUCCAAGCCAGUGCCCGCCACCAAGCUCAGCACCCUGACCCGGCCCAGUCCAGGGCCCUGCCACUGCAAGUAUGACCUGCUAGUCUACUUCGAAAUCUGCGAGCUGGAGGCCAACGGGGAUUACAUCCCAGCUGUGGUGGACCAUCGAGGGGGCAUGCCCUGCAUGGGAACGUUCCUGCUCCACCAGGGCAUCCAGAGAAGGCUCACCGUGACUCUACUGCAUGAGACGGGCAGCCACAUCCGCUGGAAGGAAGUCCGUGAGCUGGUCGUGGGUCGCAUCCGAAACACUCCAGAAACUGAUGAAUCUCUGAUCGACCCCAACAUCUUGUCGCUUAAUAUCCUCUCAUCCGGGUAUAUACGUCCAGCCCAGGAUGACCGGACCUUUUACCAGUUUGAGGCAGCGUGGGACAGCUCCAUGCACAACUCGCUCCUGCUGAACCGGGUCACCCCGUACCGGGAGAAGAUCUACAUGACCCUGUCCGCCUACAUCGAGCUGGAGAACUGCACCCAGCCUGCCGUGGUCACCAAGGACUUCUGCAUGAUCUUCUACUCCCGGGAUGCCAAGCUGCCCGCUUCACGCUCCAUCCGGAACUUGUUCGGCAGUGGGAGUCUGAGGGCCUCAGAGAGCAACCGUGUGACGGGCGUGUAUGAGCUCAGUCUGAGCCACGUGGCCGACGCGGGCAGUCCAGGGAUGCAGAGACGUCGGAGGCGGGUGCUGGACACAUCUGUGGCCUACGUGCGUGGGGAGGAGAACCUGGCGGGCUGGAGGCCGAGGAGCGACAGCCUCAUCUUGGACCAUCAGUGGGAGCUGGAGAAGCUCAGCCUGCUGCAGGAGGUGGAGAAGACCCGGCACUAUCUGCUCCUCCGGGAGAAGCUGGAGAGCGCACAGAGGCUGCUCCCAGAGGUGCUGUCCCCCGGCGCCAGCGAGGACUCCGGCUCCCAUAGCUCCUCCGGCGCCUCCUCUCCACUCUCUGCUGAGGGCCGGCCAUCGCCCACGGACACCCCCAGUGAAAGGCAGCGGGAGCUGGCUGUCAAGUGCCUGCGCCUCCUCACACACACGUUCAACAGGGAGUACACCCACAGCCACGUCUGCAUCAGUGCCAGCGAGAGCAAGCUCUCGGAGAUGUCUGUCACCCUGCUGCGGGACCCCUCCAUGUCCCCCCUGGGGGCAGCCACGCUCACCCCCUCCUCCACCUGCCCCUCCCUGGUUGAGGGGCGCUACACUGCUGACCUGAGGACCCCACAGCCCUGCUCUCGACCAGCCAGCCCAGAGCCUGAACUGCUGCCUGAGAUGGACAAGAAGCUCCCCUCCCCCACCCAGGCCCCAGAGGCGGACAAGGAGCCACAGCGCCUGCUGGUGCCAGACAUCCAGGAGAUCAGGGUUAGCCCCAUCGUGUCCAAGAAAGGCUACCUGCACUUCCUGGAGCCGCACACGGCCGGCUGGGCCAGACGCUUCGUGGUGGUGCGGCGGCCCUAUGCCUACAUGUACAACAGUGACAAGGACAGUGUGGAGAGGUUUGUGCUCAAUCUGUCCACCGCUCAAGUGGAGUACAGCGAGGACCAGCAGGCCAUGCUCAAGACACCCAACACUUUCGCCGUGUGCACGGAGCACCGCGGGAUCCUGCUGCAGGCCAACAGUGACAAGGACAUGCAUGACUGGCUGUAUGCCUUCAACCCUCUCCUGGCGGGGACCAUACGGUCCAAGCUCUCUCGGAGGAGGUCUGCGCAGAUGAGGGUCUGA